CUCAACCGGGACCAUCGGGUACCAAACAAAGUGCAUGCCGGAAGAGCCACAAAGUGAAAGGCACGAUGACAGAGGCGGCACGAUCAGUCCAAAAGUGGACGCUGGAGGAAGAGUGUUUGUUGUCGGCUUGGGUUGAUGUCUUCGAGAAUCCUAUCGUUGGUUCAGAGCAAACGAAUGAUGCGAUAUGGGAUCGUAUCGAGGAGAAGUUCUUCACGGCGAUGAACAAGGACGGCUCCUACCGUACCCGGGACCAACUCACUUCCAAAUGGAGCCACAUCAACCGUAAAGUCCAAAAGUUUAUUGGAGUUUACGAGGAAUGCGCCCGGUCCCGGAGGAGUGGGACGAACGACGGCGAUGUUCUCCGGCUUGCCACGGCUCGGUAUCAAGAUGACGGGCACCAAGGCAAGGUGUCCAUCGAUCUUUGGAGGAUCUUGAGCCGUUCACCGAAGUGGCAACAACUCAACAAUUCCGGCGGCGGAUCGUCAAAGAAAAGAUCCUCCGUCAACGCCGAGGUUGAGGUCAAUGACACUAUCGGUUCAUCCGAACAAAGGCCUCCCUUCAACGAUGCGUAUUCCGAUGACGAGGAUCUCAUUCCACGGCCGAUCGGAAGAAAGAAGGCAAUAUCCAUUGCCUCGGGUUCUGGAGGGUUCAGCUCUGUUUUCAUUUCUUCUCGCGAUGAAAUCGGUCGAGCAAUGGUUGAACAACUUCGAGUGUUCAAUAUUCGAGAAGAAGAGAGGAUGAAGCGAAAGGAAGAGAAGGACGAGAUCGAAAUCAUGAAAACCGACCUUUCUACGUUAUCGACCUUCAAACUGACGCGUCAGCCGUCUACAAUGGACGAUGUUGCUGACUUGCUUCCACUUGGGCAUGCCGCUCGCCUCGCCCCAAGCCCGGUUCCCGGCCCACACUGCGGUGCCGAUCCAUCCUCCGUUGCAUGCAAUGGCGUGCGCCGCUCGCCCUGCCCGUAACAGCGGAGCGGCGUCCUCCCUCGCCAGCAACUCCUUAUUUUGUUUUAUAUUUUGGUCCAUGUGGCCUAGAUUUACAUUUCCUAACUCAUUGAAUGGCCAAAUCUAUUCCCUCAAAGUUACGAAUCGUACAAGUUACCACUUGCCGCGUGAACGACUCUUGCAGUAGCAGUGCCAAAGGACGUUGUGCAGUUGGCAAAGAAAAGGGUGUCAAGGGA